CUCCGGGCAACGGGAUGAUUGACUGGAGGCCCAACUAAUCAGUGACGCUAAAGUAUUGACAUGUCCGGGGCGGAAUAAACUGGGAAACCGUUUGACUUGAGUUUACAGCGACUUGAAACGAAGUGACUCAGUUUUUUUAAAUUAUGGCACCGACAGGAGAUCACCAGGUGAUCCAGGUCAACCAGGCGCGAGUGUGCGCGGACAACCGCAUGCGCUGGGACCUGACACCGGACCAGAUCCACCAGCUCUCGGAGGAGCUGAUCGGCAAGACCAAGCUGGUGUACGACACCGUGGGCGCCCUGGAGCUGGGCACCGUCACGUAUGACAACACCCUCAAGGCCCUGGCGGAUGUAGAGGUGGAGUACACGGUUCAGCGCAACAUGCUGGACUUCCCUCAGCACGUCUCCUCCUCCAAAGAAGUGCGAGCGGCCAGCACCGACGCCGAUAAGAAGCUGUCCGAGUUCGACGUGGAGAUGAGCAUGAGAGAAGACGUGUACCAGAGGAUCGUGGCGCUGGAGAAGAAGGUUGACGCAGACGCUCUGACUCCUGAAGCUAAGAGGUACAUGGAGAGACUGGUGCGGCUGGGGAAGAGGAACGGUCUGCACCUCUCGAAAGAGACGCAGGAAGAAAUCAAAACUAUCAAGAAAAAGCUGAGCACCCUGUGUAUUGAUUUCAACAAACACUUGAAUGAAGACACCACCAGUCUGGCUUUCACCAGAGAGGAGCUGGGCGGUCUUCCUGAGGAUUUCCUCUCCUCCUUGGAGAAGGACGAUGAGGGAAAGCUGAAGAUCACGCUGAAGUACCCGCACUACUUCCCCACCAUGAAGAAGUGCCACGUCCCCGAGACACGCAAGAAGCUGGAGCUGGCGUUCAACUCCCGCUGCAAAGAGGAGAACUCAAAUAUCCUCAAGGAGUUGGUGAAGCUGCGUGCUCAGAAGUGUGUCCUUCUGGGAUUCGCCAACCACGCUGACUUCGUCCUGGAGAUGAACAUGGCCAAGACCGGCAAGAAGGUCUCUGUUUUCCUUGAGGAGCUGGCCCGCAAGCUGAAGUCCCUGGGCGAGGAGGAGCGGGCGGUCAUCCUGAAGAUGAAGGAGGAGGAGUGCAAGAAGCGGAGCCUGGCCUUCGACGGCGAGCUGCACGCCUGGGACGCGCGCUACUUCAUGACGCAGGUGGAGGAGACGCAGUACGCCGUGGACCAGAACGUGCUGAAGGAGUACUUCCCCAUGGAGGUGGUGACCCGGGGCCUGCUGGACAUCUACCAGGACCUGCUGGGGCUGACGUUCGAGCGCGUGCAGGGCGCCGCCGUCUGGCACGACGACGUCACCCUGUACUGCGUCCAGGACCGCACCUCGGGCCACGUGGUGGGGCAGUUCUACCUGGACCUCUACCCCAGGGAGGGGAAGUACGGCCACGCGGCCUGUUUCGGCCUGCAGCCCGGCUGUCUGCUGUCCGACGGGACCAGGCAGAUGGCCGUGGCGGCCAUGGUGGCCAACUUCAGCAAGCCCACGGCCGACGCGCCCUCCCUGCUGCAGCACGACGAGGUGGAGACCUACUUCCACGAGUUCGGCCACGUCAUGCACCAGCUCUGCGCUCAGGCGGACUUCGCCAUGUUCAGCGGGACCCACGUGGAGAGGGACUUCGUGGAGGCCCCCUCUCAGAUGCUGGAGAACUGGGUGUGGGAGAAGGAGCCGCUGCAGCGUAUGUCCAAGCAUUACAAGACCGGCAGCCCCAUCCCCGCGGAGCUGCUGGACAAGCUCAUCAAGUCCCGCCUGGCCAACACAGGUCUCUUCAACCUGAAGCAGAUUGUGCUGGCCAAGGUGGACCAGGCCCUGCACACCAAGCCCAGUGUGGACCCGGCCGAGGAGUACGCCAGACUGUGCCAGGAGGUCUGGGGUGUGCCUGCGUCUCCGGGAACCAACAUGCCUGCUACUUUUGGCCACCUGGCGGGCGGUUACGAUGCCCAGUAUUACGGAUACUUGUGGAGUGAGGUCUUCUCCAUGGACAUGUUCUACGCCCGCUUCAAGCAGGAGGGCAUCAUGAACCCCAAGGUGGGUUUGGACUACAGGAACUGCAUCCUGAAGCCUGGUGGGUCUGAAGAUGCUUCAGAGAUGCUGAAGCGUUUCCUGGGUCGCGAACCCAAACAGGAAGCUUUCCUCUUGAGCAAAGGAUUAACCGUGGAACAGGAGCAGGGAACACCAUGUGCCUGCUGACCUCUUUCUCUCCCUCUGUCUUUCUCUGCCGAAAAUAAAUAAAUAAAAAUGCACAAAAGCCCCUCUGUGGACAGCGGGCAUCAGGCAUCUGAGACUGAUUAUUGGACUUCCUCUCAAAAAUUGAUCGUACCCCAGAUCAGCAUCUUUUCCCACUUCUCUCCCCUGUGCUGUGUGUUUCUGGGAGCCUGGGGGGUUUGUUUUAGCUCUGCAAAAUUGUAUUGAAGAAACCCAAAUAUGGGCGGAAAAAAAAUCAUAAAGUACAAACGAUUUAUUGAAAUCA